UGAAAAAAAGAGAGAAAAGAGAAUGGCAUUAAGCGCCGCAGGAUCUUUCUCAGUGCCGCCGGCGGCGGCGGCGGCGGCGGCAGAACAGCGGAGACUACGAACCCAGCAUCCGUUCUCCUUAGGCAUGGGCUGCGUUUCUCUUGUGGGUUCCAGCGCGUGGCGAUCUUCGUCUUCCUCUCGAUCGCAGAAGCCAUUUGCUUCGUUGAGUAUUUCUGCUGAUGCCAGUUUAAAGGAGGCUGUUCGAACUGAAAAAGCACCUGCGGCAUUGGGACCAUACUCUCAGGCCAUCAAAGCCAACAAUAUGCUCUUUGUGUCUGGCGUUCUGGGUCUUGUUCCAGAGACUGGGAAAUUCAUCUCAGAUGGGGUGGAGGAGCAAACAGAGCAGGUUCUCAAGAAUAUGGGGGAAAUACUGAAAGCUGGUGGUGCUAGUUAUUCUUCAGUCGUUAAGACAACGAUUUUGUUGGCGGACUUGAAAGAUUUCAAGCAAGUGAAUGAGAUCUAUGGUAAAUAUUUCCCAUCACCUGCACCAGCACGUGCAACAUACCAGGUUGCAGCAUUGCCCUUGAACGCAAAGAUUGAGAUUGAAUGCAUUGCAGCUCUCUAGUUUGAUAUUAUGAUUUGAUAAGACUGGCUGAUCCACCAACAAAAGCUCAAGUCUGACCAUGUCCAUGAAGGAGGAAUGCUGUUUUUACUUGACCUUUUUCUAAGAGUAUCUAUCAGUGUAGGCUAGCUGGAUAAAGAUGAAAAUGAAGUGAAAUCUCCCUAAUUACCUUUCUUUGUUUUAUCA